AUGCCUUUCUGCCCCAAGGCCGUGUUUGCUAUGCCCUGCUCCCUCGCCGGCCUCACCUCCUCGUCUGAUAGCUACAAGGAGGAGCUGGAUCUGGAUUCUGAGAAAGCCGUCGCGGGGAACCACCGCUGCUGCGCAGAGCGCAGGCUUCUGCAGUCGUACGUGCAGCAGGGUCGGCGGCAGGGCGUGCCCGCCCACAAGCUCGUGGCCUGGGUGCGCCGCAAGCUCGGCGGCAGCAUCGUGGUGUGGCGGCGCACGGCCGACGGCCAGCUCGCCUACGCCGCGCCCUGCCUCUUCUGCAGCCGCGAGCUGAAGCGGUUUGACCUGCAGGUGCACUGCGCGCUCGGCGGGGGCGAGUGGUGGAGCGGCAAGCUCAGUGACGCCGGCGCCCCGCAGGCUCGCCUCACGGGAGGGCAGCAGAAGGUGCUGAGGGCGCAGGGGUGGAUCCUCUGCGACCAGCCACUGCCAGCACGAGCGCAGCCACUGGAGCAGCCGCGGCAGCAGCAGCAGCAGCGGGGGCCGAGCAGCAAGCAGCACAAGGAGAGCCGCCAGGAGCGCCACCGGCAGCACGUGCCACAGCAGCAGCGAGCAAACGGCAAUGCUUAA